GUUGAGAGCCCCUGCCCCGCCCUAGGCUUCUGCCCCCCCAUGCUGGGGAGCGCUGGGAGACACCCGGCCUCAUGCCCUGCUGCCCGCAGGGAUGACUACGACCGGGAGAUGAAGCAAGCCAAGGAGAAGGUGAAGAAGAGGCACACGCCAACACCCCCGCGGCCCCGCAAGCCCGACCAGCAGGUGUAUCACCCCCGGCGGCGAAGCCAGCCGGACCCCAGCUACAGCCUGGACUAUGAGGGCUCCAGCGAGAGCAGCUCCAGCCCCGAGCCUGACCCUCGGGGCCCCGAGCUAUUCUGCCUCGAGUUUGAAGCCGACAGCGGUGAUGUCACAGCCGUCAUCGUCCACCAGGAUGACAGCCCUGAGGAGGUGGCGCAGCAGGUGUGCGCCCACAGCCCGCUGGAACCUGUCCUGCGCCAGGCUUUGUGCCAGCGGGUGCGGGAGGAGCUGCACAAGCGCCAGGCCAGGCCUUGAGUGGGUGGCGGGCGCUGGGCCUGAGCCUGUCCCGCUGGCCAGCCAAUAAACACUGGUGGGAA